AUGCUUGAACUAAUAACUUCUAAGAUACACUCAACUGAAGGAUUUGGCGUGGCAGAGAAGAUUACACUGCUCACUUUUAUUUCAGCAGUUAUUCUUAUGGCUAUCCUGGGGAAUCUAUUGGUGAUGGUUGCUGUAUGCAGGGACAGGCAACUGAGGAGAAUCAAGACCAAUUAUUUCAUAGUCUCUCUCGCCUUUGCUGACUUGCUAGUAUCUGUUUUGGUGAUGCCAUUUGGUGCAAUUGAACUGGUUCAAGAUAACUGGAUUUAUGGAAGGAUGUUCUGUUUGGUUCGCACUUCUCUUGAUGUCCUUCUCACUACUGCAUCAAUUCUUCAUCUGUGCUGUAUCUCAUUAGACAGGUACUAUGCCAUCUGCUGCCAGCCAUUGGUUUACAGGAAUAAGAUGACUCCACUACGCAUUGCCCUAUUGCUGAGUGGCUGCUGGGUAAUCCCAAUGUUUAUUUCUUUUCUUCCUAUAAUGCAAGGCUGGAAUAGCAUUGGCAUCAUGGACUUGGUGGAGAAAAGGCAGUUCAACAAUGAAUCCAACUCAACUUACUGCAUAUUCAUGGUGAACAAACCGUAUGCCAUCACCUGUUCAGUCGUAGCAUUCUACAUUCCAUUUCUACUAAUGGUUCUAGCCUAUUACCGAAUAUACAUUACAGCAAAGGAGCAUGCUCACCAGAUACGAAUCUUACAGCGCGCAGGAGCACCAACUGAUGGGCGAUCCCAACACCCAGAUCAGCAUAGCACACACCGUAUGAAGACUGAGACUAAAGCUGCAAAGACCCUCUGUAUCAUCAUGGGGUGUUUUUGCUUGUGCUGGGCACCUUUCUUUAUUACAAACAUUAUAGACCCUUUCAUACAUUAUGCAGUUCCUGAUCAGAUAUGGACCGCUUUCUUGUGGCUGGGAUACAUCAAUUCAGGACUGAAUCCCUUCCUUUAUGCAUUCUUGAACAAGUCUUUCAGACGUGCCUUCCUCAUCAUCUUGUGUUGUGGUGAUGAACGAUAUCGAAGACCUUCCAUCUUGGAACAAACGGUACCUUGUUCUACCACUACUAUCAAUGGGUCAACUCAUGUACUGAGGUGAGUUCGAGACUACCUACUUUGAUGAAAGCUUAAAGAAUAAUUUACUUCUUUUUUAAAUACAUGUUUGAGAAAAUGUUUUUUUCUAAUUAUGUUCUAGUCUAUGAAUUCAUAAAGGAAAGCUAAGAUUUUUACUUUUCAGAGAAAUAGUGAUAUAUGUAAUUUGUAAUUUUGUAAAUGAUUGUAUAUACAUUUUCAGAUGAAAGAAAAGUUUUGUGAAACAUUUACAAGAGAGUAAAAUUUCAUGUCCUUUAAAAGAAAAAAAAACUUUGCUAUCCUAAAAUUUAAAUUUUCAGAGAGACGAUUAAGGAUGCAAUAUUUCAUUUUUGUAUGAGACAGGUUAAGGUAAAAGUACAGAGGUGAUGCGCUUGUGUGAAUAAAAUUAUAUUGUGUUAAAUAAGACAGUAAAAAGCAUGGGUCAAAAGAUAUAUCUUAACAGAUGCUGAAAGUUUAAAAGUGUCGGCGUCAUCCAUAACGAAACAAGGAAUGAAUGCCAAUGGGCUACUUAUAUACAGGUACAAAACUCACAUUCCUGGGUCUUUUCAUAGCAAACGCUUGGCAGUUUCAAUACCUUCAAGGUAUCUCCUCCAGAUCUCAGCUAAGAGGCAGAUAAAACAUUUCCUAAAUUUCAAUAAGCUUCUCAUCUCUGCAUUAUCUAAUCUCUGUGUAAUGGAAUGCAUUUUGAAAAACAGAUAGAUAUUUGGUCAUAAUGACAAUUAUUUUGAAGUUUCCUAAGGCAGCAUCAGGUUGUUAAUUUUUCUUGCUGAUAGUGCUGUAGGAUGGAGAGUUUUGCUAUUAAAAGAAAAAAUAUAUUAAUAGGUAAAUAAUGGACACUUUCUUGCUGCUGCAACUUUCAUUCCUUACUCUUUGAGGAAUAGUUUAUUUAGUUUUUUUAUAAAAAACCUGAUAAUUAAAGCAGUUUAAGAGAUGAAAAUCAAAUCACAAAUUUCAUCUGCUGAAAAUAAAAAUUCUUCAAU